AUGGCUGACCAUGAAACGGCCAAGCUGGACAAAUCCAGCCAUCUCCUGCUGGACCAACCUCUCCUACGCCUACCCUACGAGCUCCUGCGCAAGAACUUCCGCUCCGCCCACUUUGUCGUGGAGCGAGAUUCUCAACAGGUCCGCAACCUGCUCCGCGACACCGCCUCCGCCUCUCUCGACGGCCGCGCCACCCCGGACGAUGUGCUGAAGAACCUCGACAUCGCGCUCAACCGCCUGCGCGCCACUAGGAAGAAGCUGGCCGCGUGUGCCGCCGAGGAGGCCCGCCUCUACCGCCAGGUCGACGCCCGGCUGGCCCACCUCUCCGAGCUGGCCUCGAUGCACACCGUCGACGACGUCAAGUACGAGGCGUGGUCCCGCCGCCGGCUCGACCGCCUCGUCGUCGACUACCUCCUGCGGCACGGCUACAACGCCAGCGCGACGGCCCUGGCCGACGAGAAGAACAUGCGGGAUCUGGUGGAGAUCGAGACCUUCGUCCAGAUGAGCCGCAUACAAGAGGCCCUGCGCAACGGGAGCGUGACAGAGGCACUCGCGUGGUGCAAUGAUAACAAGAAAGAGCUACGGAAGCUAGAAGUGAGUGCUCGUGGCAUCAAGAGCAAACUCGAGUUCAUGCUUCGCUACCAGCAGUACAUCGAGCUGGUCCGCACCCAGUCCAUGCCCAAGCUCAUCGAGGCCAUCAACCACGCCCGCAAGUACUUCACCCCCGUCCGCGACACCUUCCCCAAGGAGGUCAACCAGGCCGCCGGCCUCCUCGCCAUCCCGCCCCCCGACAGCCACGAGGCCGCCCACCACUACCACCGCCGCCAGGAGCUCGACGCCGCCUACGAGGACCUCUGGAGCCCGGACCGCUGGGUCAUGCUCGCCGACCUCUUCACCCAGACGCACAACCAGCUCCUGGCCCUGCCCUCGUCGCCGCUGCUGCACAUCGCCCUGUCGUCGGGCCUGUCGGCCCUCAAGACGCCCGCCUGCCACUCGGCCGGCAGCAAGCAGCUGUCCGACAGCCACGCCAGCAGCCUCGCCGCCAGCGUCUGCCCCAUCUGCUCCGAGGAGCUCAACCGCCUCGCGCGCAGCGUGCCCUACGCCCACCACUCCAAGAGCCACGUCGAGCACGACCUCGUCCUGCUGCCCAACGGCCGCGUCUACGGCCGCGCCCGCCUCGAGGAGUACGCGCGCAAGGCCGGGCUCGCCGCCGUCGAGGUCAAGGACCUGCGCACGGGGGAGGUCUUUGCCGUGUCCAAGCUCAAGAAAGUGUUUAUCACGUAG